GCGGUGACGUCAUACACCCAACACACAGACGGUUCCAGAACUACUAAGGACUUGAUCGCUGCUAGCGACUCGAAUGACUGGAGUUCACCUCGACCCCACCCGGGCGCCGGUGGCCUUCGGGCGGCUGGCGAUACCGGAGCUCUUCGCCCAGCUGGAGGAGGCCGACACCGACACGAAGCUUCGGGCUCUGUUGUCCCUGUGCGACGUGACCCACGACCCGGAGCGCCUCUACCAGGUCGUCAGCGAAGGCUUUUUGGGACAGUUGGAGGUUUUGAUGAAGGAUGACGAGCCGGCGGUCCGAACCGGAACCUGCGAGCUCCUCCACCUCCUGACCAGCCACAACAUCGGCAGACACGCCCUCCUGUCGUCCACGCCCCUCCUCUCCCGUCUGUCCCUGCUGCUGGAUGACGCCUCGGCGCCAUGCAGGACUCGAGCCCACCGCGUCGUCAACAGCCUGGCGCUGCUGCCUGCAGGCGCCGACACCUUGCAGCCGCUGCUGGCGAAGCUGAUGGUGAAGCUGGAGGAGGAGGAGGAGGAAGAGGAGGUGCAGGCGCUGCUGCUAUCCACGCUCAACUGCUGCUCCCGUCAGGACGCCCUGGCCGCACUCGCCCACCGCGGCGUCACGCUCAUCGCCCGCAAACUCCCCCACGCCUGCUCCGACAUCCGGCGGGAGGCGGCGGGGGCCAUGAUGGCGCUCAGCGUCCCGGUGGAGGGCAAGCGCCAGGUGUGCGAGGCCGCCGUCCUUCCCGUCCUGGCGGCUCUCCUGCGGGACCAAGACGUGGACGUGCAGGCCAACGCGGCGGGCGCCAUCAUGAACACGGUGGUCAUCACCACAGGUAAGCACGUUGCCGGCCUCCGCGUGCCCGCCUUCGCCGCCAACCGUGUGGUCCCGCAGGCAAGCAUCAGUGUCUGGACCUGGACGUCCUCCCCGUCCUGCUGGACCUGGUCUCUGAGCGCAGGGAGGACAAGGAGGAGGAGAAGAGGAGGAAGGCCCUGGUGCUCUACUCCCUCAGAGCUCUCACCUCGCUGGCCGAGGCUCCCGAAGGCCGCCGCCGCCUGCUGGAGCAGCUCCCCAUCCUGGUGGGGCGGAGCCAGGCCCCCGAGGACGACCCUGACAUCUCCAAAGCUGCUCGCACCGCCGUCAGUGUCGUCACCUGGACGCCCUGAGAAUAAAAACCAUGAUGUCAUGCCAGGGGCUCGUACUUUCACCGCCGCUAAUGCUAGCUCCUCACCAAGCUAG